AUCUAUAAAAAUAUGUUUGGAAGUUUGACUUUUACUCAUAUUUCCAUACAUUCAACUUUUCAAAACCAAAUCUUUAGAAUUAUGAUCCCUAUCACUAACAAAACCCUCUUCAUUGUUUCUUUUCUAAUUCUCUCAAUAAUCUCAACAUUUUGCCUUCAUUUUCCACCAUUAUUUUUUUCUUGCUCACAUCACCAUCUCCCUCUCUCUUUCAUUGCAAUUUUAUUUUAAUAUAUAGCAUUUGGCGGCAUCUUUUUAUUGGCUCUUUCUGCCCCCAUAACCUAAUCUUCAAACUUCUUUCCAAAUUAUUCCACCAUUUCUGCCUCAUAAUUAUCAAAAAAAGCAUUAAUUCUCUUAUCUUCAAUUAACAAAUCCCAAGAGUUUAUGGCCACUCCUUCUUUUCAUGAUUUGAAGAAACAAGCUUCUUUCUUUUUCAAAGAGAAAAUCAAGACUGCUAGAUUAGCCCUCACUGAUGUCACCUCUGCUGAAUUAUUGACUGAAGAAGCCAUUAAUGGAAACCCUGAUGCAAGAACUUUGAGUUCAAUUUCAAGGGCAGCUUUUGAGGUUGAUGAUUAUUGGAGAAUUGUAGCAAUUCUUCAUAAAAGAUUGGUGAAAUUUGAAAAGAAGAAUUGGAGAAAUUCCUACAACUCUCUCAUCAUUCUUGAACAUCUCUUGACUCAUGGACCAGAGAGUGUAGCAAAGGAAUUUGAGAGCGAAAAACAUGUUAUUACUCAAAUGGCUAACUUCCAAUAUGUCGAUGAAAAGGGGUUCAAUUGGGGCCUUUCAGUUAGAAAGAGGUCAGAGAGAAUAUUGAAUCUACUUGACAAAGGAUCUCUUCUCAAGAAUGAGAGAGAAAAGGCAAGAAAAUUGACAAGAGAGAUUCUUGGAUUUGGUAGCUUCUCCUUAAGAUCAAAUUCUCAAGGAAUUAUUCUUCAACAUCCUUCUUCACCCAUUGCAAGAUAUGGAAAGUGCAAUUCCAACUUCGACAGUCUUGACAAUAUUCUUCACCAAGAUGGUUCUGUAGUAGAUGGCCAGAGGAUCGAAAUGCUCGAAACUCGAGAAAGUGUGGAUGAAAACCUUUUGGUUCGAAUAAACAAGGAAGAGUUGCAUAGAGGGGAUGAUGAUGCUGGUGUGUGCAAGGUAAAACCCCUUUUGAGUGGUAAGAGGGAGGAGGAGGAGAUGGAGAUGGAGAUGGAGAAAGGAAUUUCUAGUGAUGGCUGUUAUGAUCAUCCCUUCAUUGACGACGAACCCGAAACGAAUUCCUCAUUGCUUUCGAGAUUAGGGAGAGAUGAAAGGAAUUGAUUUGUUUUGAGUUCGAUUGAUGAAUACAAAUGUCAUGUAUUUAUAUAUAACUGACAUGAGAUUAAGAUGCUACCACCAAUAAAUUAAAGGAAGGAUUGAGUUGAUAGGUAAAAGGUUAUUUAGCAUUUUUUUUAGGUACUAAGAUUAGAACUUCUUUUUCUUUUAUUUAUAUAGUUUUGUAAGAAACUUACAUAUUUGGUGUGUUACUUCUUUUAUAAUAUAAUGUUUGGAGUUACCACUUGUGUC